AUGGGCAGGGAUAGGAUGAAGCGGUAUUCUUGGAGUGACGAUAGGAGCACAACUGGACCGCAAAGGCAGAAGAAUAGUGCAGGCGAUGAUGACAGCAAAAAUUGGGACGACGGUGCAAAAAGAGAGAGGAAGCAGAGAGAGCCGCAGGGGGGGGUGUCGGUAGAGGUUGUAGAAGCCUGUGAGGGGGUUUUGGAGGUUGUGGAAGGCGAUGAAGGUACAGAAGGUAUGGGAGUACUGGAGCAGGGGCAGAUGAGUCCUAGGAGGUCUGGUGACAAAGAGUAUCCUUUAAUGAAGGACGGUGAUAUGGCCGGGAUGGUGCCUGGGAGCGGGAGGAUGCGCAGAAGCAAUACUUCUAUUAAACGGCGUUCUUUAAUCCAGUCUAUUAUAUCACCUCCUGCAGACGUUUCAGGAACCGUUGGAGGAGGAAGUGGUGGUGGUGGGGGCAAUGGGACGGUGGGUAGUGGUGGGGCCAGCGGAAGCACAACAGGGAACAAUGGUUGCGGCGGCGGUCGUAAUAGCUAUCAUCAUCAGCGAGGGAUGUCUACGUAUUCACCGCAUCCGCAUUCCAGAACUAGUAGCAUAGCAUCGAUAACGUCGGAGGAUGAGAUGUUAAACGAUGUGUCGAUGUUACUCCAAACGUUGGCAACCAAGGAGUUAGAACUUUUGGAGCGGCGCAAAACGAUAGAGGAUUUAAAGCGGCAUUUAACAUUGGAGGAAAAUGCUUUAGUCACCCAAUCUCGCGAACUUCAGGAACUGAAGCUUAGGGUAUCUAGAGUGUUGGAUCCUACCCCACAGUACAAUGGGGUCUCUCCUAUCCAGUUUGAUUCGCGUCUCUCAGCAGAACGUGAAGGAUUAAUGAGCGGUAGACCACAGAUGCACAGUAACAGCAACAUUAAGAGGGCAUCGUCGCUUAAAAGUGUUUCCUCUUCUACCAAACCAGAAUCUGUGUGGGCUAAGUCCCUCUCUUUCUUGAACGACUUUGACCAGAUACUACAGGAUGGUCUUGAAAAGAGGCUUGGAUUUGACGAAUUAACGACGACGCCUACGUCAGUUGAGACUGCUGCCAGUCUUUCAGAGGAACGAAAGCAAGGAAUCUGGGGACUUGUUCAGGAUUUCAAGGCUGGUUUACUUGGUUUGGGCGCCGAACGUUCAUCAUUAUCAUCUUCAGACAAUGGGGGAGCAUCCCAAGUUCAAAAGCAACGUAAAGAAAAUGUUGACAUAGAGCUGAUAGGAGCUACCAAAUGGCGCCGUCCUCCCCCAGCGCAUACGAGACACGUUGAUUCUCUGAAGUUUGUGCGAGAAGAACGCGAGGAUACAGAUACGGAACUUGUCAAUGAACUGAUGAUGGAUCGUGGAGUUGUAGUCUCCAAGCCAUACUUUAUCGAUAGGACCGAGCACCAUGGCUACGCAGUUCGAAAGAGAGGUUCCUGA